UAAAAAGGAAAAUUCUUGAAUUUUGCAUGCGAAUGAGUGAUGCCAGCCCGCCCACCCCUCCCGCUGAUGAUAAACCGUUUCUGUGCAACUUCUCCUUGGCACGGCUUUCGCUUUCAAGCGAUUACUCUAUUUUGCGUUUGCUUGGAGGCUUCGAGGCUUCCGUUGCAUGCUCGGUGCCGGGCCAGCCGAAGCCUGACCCUGUCAUCGCUGGGGCGCCUGCUCUCGCUUCCCACCCACCCCUCCCCAAGAAGAGGUCCAGCCAGCUUCACCUCGUGGCUGUAAUUGAUUCUCCGUCUCCAUAGGAACCGUCUCGAGGUGUCUACAAAGGAUGGUGAGAUUCUCUCCCACCAGCCGUUCCUCCUCUGGCGAGAUGGCGUGCGGCUGGCAGCGUGGCUGAAGGAAUGGGGGGGCACCGACUCGCCAGGAAUCAACAGCCGGAAGAAGAAGACUGUCUAGACUCCAGACAGCACAGGACAGGACAAGAUGCGCCACCAUCUUUUCUGGCUGUUGAACACCAGAUCUGAGUGUUCCUGAGCAUGUGGCUAUCGCUGCGCCACCCCCGUUUGCCUUCCGUGAAGUAGGGGUCUGGCUGGGGGCCGCCUUAUAGGAAGAAAGGACCCCUCGUUCCCAGCGCUGGAGGAUGCGGGGUGUGUGACGGGCCGGGCUCUGCCGCCGCUGGCUAGGUGGGCAUGUUGCCCUGCCAUGAUGGGUGACACAUCGACGUUGGACUAUGAGCUGUUGUCCCCUGGACGGUCCAAGAGCCGAGCCCGAAUUACCCUCCGGGGGAUGGGCCUUGAGCAGAAAGGCCGGUCUUAAGCCUUUGUCAUCUUCCUGCUGAUCUUCCUGGUGAUGCUGAUGGUCCGCUGCUUCCGCAUCUUGCUGGACCCGUACAGUCGGAUGCCGGCCUCCUCCUGGACUGACCACAAGGAAGGCCUGGAAAGGGGCCAGUUUGAUUAUGCUCUCGUGUAGUUUGGGGUCCGUCCGUUGAGAUGGCGCCUUGUCGAUUAGGUGGGUGGGUGGUUUUGUUUGUCUUGGCAGGGAGAGGGGCCUUAAAAUGUGUCGUGUGUGUUGUUGGGGGGAGGGUCCCUUCAUCACUUUUUCCGCAAUGGCUGUGAAGGAGCAGCCUUUGUUUUGCUGUGAUCCUAAGUGUUGUGUGUGCU